AUGGAAAGUGAUGUGAUGGGUAAAUGGGCUUGCUCACAAUGUACUUAUGCGAAUUUUGAAACUGCAAAGGCAUGCACUAUGUGUCGUACACCGCGAUACUCAGUUUUUAUCACUGAACCACCUUGUACAUCCAGUAUUGUUAAUGAAGGAGAAAACUGCGAGCAAAAAUGGCCUUGUCCAGAUUGCACAUAUUUGAAUGUCCUCAAAUCUCGUCAGUGUACUGUUUGCAUGCAUAAACGACCCAGUAAUUUUGAUCAUGACGAUAUGAAACUCAUCACUGAAGAUGAAUGCUCAGUCGAUCUCGAACAAGUUGAGAAGGUAGGAAAAGCAUUGCAAAAAUGGGAUUGUUCUCAAUGCACUUAUAAAAACUGGCCCAAUGUUAAGCAUUGUACCAUGUGUGGGACGCCAAAGGAUUAUGUUUCUAUUGGAAUCGGAAAUAAUACGCUAUCAUCUUCUGAUUUCUCAGUUGCUGGAGAAAAUGGCAGUUCAUCAAAAACAGAGAAAAUAAUUGAGCAAGGUGGUUUCAACGUGAAUUUAUUUUUAGAUGUUACUGUUGAUAAAGGUGAUGAACAUCAUGAUACUGAAAAGACAUCAAAUGUAAAUUUAAGCAAGCGGGUUACUUUUCUGGACAUCUAUCUUUCUCAUCUUCAUGACUCAGUUGACACGGGUUGCGCAUCAUUUUUGGAGGCAUGUGCUGAACUUCUUCGACAGAGCAGUGAUGCUGAAACCAAACUUAUUCACUAUAUUUAUCAUUAUGGAGAAGGGAAUCGAAGAAUCAGUGGUUUCGAGGCUAUGUUAUUGAGUAGUAUUGAUGAAGAAAGUACAGUGACUGUCUCCAAUCGCUCGAUUAUCGAUAUAAUUCGUGCUAAAAAUAGCAGAAUUUUAGCAAGUAUUCCCAGGUUCUUCAUGGAUUCUUUGUCGUGUACUGUUGCAAUUCCAGGACUAGCAACAAGUGACUCUUGUGAUGAAAUUCACAAAAAAAUACGUGAAAACAUGUAUGAAGAUUAUGACAUGACGCGUGUUGCUAACAACAGUGCCUUAUUUACUUUACCAAAUGCGAUUUAUGAACUUCGACCAUGGGUCGCUUCGGGCGAAAGCAGUCUUCGCGUCAUUAUGGAUCUCGACGAACGUCAGGUACUUGAUGCAGUAUGCUGUACAGAUGUCUAUUCUUUAACUGGACCCUUGAACUACCAGACAUAUGCACCAUUACUGCUACGAAAUCGUGGCGGAGGACACAGCCUUGUAGAUGCCGCUUCGCAGGCUUUGUGGGGUGUGAUAGACAAAAGCAAUACGCUUCGCGAUGCGCUGUACCACACUCUGUAUGCAAUGGAGACUAACUUCCGAAGUCGAUGGGCUACAUCUUUAAUGAAACUGGGGCUGAAUUUUGAUAUUUGGAUGAUGCAGCGUCACUGGUCCAAUAUUAUUGAAUGUAGCGAACCCGGUUCAUCUCUAGAACAGAUUCAUGUGCUAGUUCUAGCACAAGUGCUAAAUCGUCCCAUCAUUGUGUUUCCAAUUGAGUCAUCUAAAUUAAAUCCAUUUCCUGCUCGAGAUAGACAUCCAGGUGGUCUUAAGCAUCCUGUUGAGGGUUUUUAUCCACAACUACCCGGUUUAAAUAAUUAUCGGAUCUGUCCACCACUUCUGCUUGGCUAUAUAAAUGGCAAUUUUCACGCGCUUAUAUUACCUCCUCGUCCAGUUAUAGAAAGAGUAGAGGGGCGUCCAUCUAGAAUUUAUCGCUAUAUACGGUGUCCGCCUUAUCCUCUGACAGAAUACAUGCAGUUUAUAAUGGAUGAAAAAGAGGCUGAAGAUUUUGUUAGAGAAAAUAUUGUUGUGGAUGUGGACUCCAAUGGACAGCAGUGGAUCUACCAUUCAACUUUUGGGACAUCUCAUACGAAAAAUGAUCUAGGCUAUUUGUUGUGGAAAGAUUGGAUUAAAGCGCACUUUCCAAAAAUAAUUCGUGAGGAAUGCGAGGUAAUGUCCUGUUGCUCUGUUUGCUCUUUUUUCAUGCUUGUGUAA